AUGAAAAUCUUUACUUGUAAAUAUCUAGCACAUGAAAAUGAAGAAAUUAUUGGAUUUUGUUUGAACCAAAAUUGUUAAAAUGCAACUCAAUAUUGUUAUGAAUGUUUAAAUACAUUUCAUUCAGACCAUUUCAAUGAUUGUAUUAGAUUUACUAAAAUGAUCCCAUAUAUCAAUGAUUUCAUGCAGAUUUAUAAUAAAUCAAGGAAUUAGUUCAAUGAAAUCUAUCAAUAACUUCAGAAUAUUUUUGAAUAGAUUUUUAAAAAAAUGGAUUAAGAAAUUAUAAUCUUAGAAAAAAUUAGCAAUUAACUUUUAAACAAAGACUAUUUGGCUUUUAAAUCAUAAAUAAACAUAAUCAAAUUGUUUUAUUCAAAUGAAAAAGACAAAUACGUAUGUAUCUUUUUUAAAUUAUUAUAAUAGAAUAACAAAUAUCAUAAUUAAAUAUUAUUCUUGAAACUAUAAAAACUAUGGUACCAGAUUAAAUUAAAUCGGAACAUUAAUUUAAUUAUGAUUAUUAAAAUAAUAUUAAAAUUGAAGAAAUUAAUUAGGAGAUUAAUGAUAAUAUGCAGUAGAAUAAUUAAGAUCCUUAAAUAAUGAUAGAUAAAGGUAAAAUAAAUUUCUUCUUAUUUUAGGAUAGUAAUUAAGUAAAUUACAAAAGUACGAAGAAGCAAUUGAAUGUUUUGACAAAGCUAUAUUAAUGGAUAGUAAAUUGUUAUCUCCAUAUUUGAAUAAGGGUAAUUAAAUUACUAUUUUUAUUUAGGUCAAACAUUAAAACGUUUAAAGAAGUAUUAAGAAGCAAUCGAAUGUUAUGACAAAGCUAUUUAAAUAAAUCCUAAAUCUUCGCCUGCUUGGAAUAAUAAGGGUAAUUGGUUCUUAUUGUCUUUAGGUUAAGUAUUAUCCUAUUUAACAAAAUAUAAAGAAGCAUUAUAGUGUUACGAAAAAGCAAUUGGUUGAAUAAGGGUAAUUAAUUGUGAUCAAUUAUAAUUUAGGAAAUUCAUUAAAACGCUUAAAUAAGUAUGAAGAUGCAAUAGAAUGUUUUGACAAAGUUAUUUCAAUAAAUCCUAAAAAUGAAUCUGCUUGGAAUAGUAAGGGUAAAUUACUUUAUAAUUCAGGUUUAUUACUACACAAAUUAAAGAACUUCAAAGAUGCCAUCUAAAGUUAUGAUAUGUCUCUUUCCAUUCGCAUUUAACCUUCAAUAUUAAAACAAAAAGGUAAACGAUUUUUAAUCUAAUUUAAAUAUAGCUGAUACACUAUUUGAAUUAGGGGAAAAAUAAUUAGCUGAAUAAUUUUAUAUGGCUGCGUUGGAAAAUGGUACAGAUGAUACAGAUUAAAUAUAGAAAUAAUAAGUACAGUUAUGA